AUGCCCGCGACAGCCUCGCCCAGCGAUGCACCCGACUUCAUCGAGCCGCUUUCUUGGGUGAUCCUCAUCGUAUCCAUCAUUCUCAUUUCCAUUGGCAUCCUCUAUGGCCUGAAAAGAUGGGGUGAACCCCCAGACGAUGAUGUUGAAUCAGAUGGGCUAGGCGUCUUCCACACUACCCGGGCAGGCCCACGAGGCUGGUCGGGUAACGAUGCGCAAGGGCUAAGCAGAGCCACAGAGUUACACAGGCUACUCGACGUGCAGGAGGAAGACGAAGAGGACAAUGGAGAGAGUGGGAGCGAGACCACUGCAGUAGAAGGCAAUCUACCUGGUCUACCUUCAGGCGCAGCGCCGUCAGCAGCCGGCAGAUGGAAGCUGCGGAGAGAAGGCUUCAGCACUACCUCGAAAGAAUUCCAGCCGAAAUCUAGCGGCAGAUCUGCGAACAGGCAAUCCCACGGCACACCCUCGGCGGGCACGGGGUGGCCACCACGACAUUCGAGGGGCAUCAGUAUCAGAGAUGCUCUUGGCGGCGAACAACCAGCGUUCAGCCCACCUACCGCAAGUAGCAAGGACGACUGA